UGGGCAGGGACGGGGUCGACGUUCGCUUGGGCCGCGUCCGAGGGGUGCAGCCCGGCGUUGUGGAGCGGAGAGAACACUCGAAGGGCUCUCCUGACAUUGACAGUCGACGAUUUAAAACCCCGCUAGAAUUUGUAUGUGAAGCAUUUCCAGACCCUCCAACCAACUCAGCAGCAGCUACUUCUCUGUGACUGGGUCCUGGUUAAGGUCCUCCCAAGAAAGACUUCACUGGACCACGCUCAAGAGGACUGACUACCAGGUUUUCCUGACCCCUCUGCAUCGCUCUAAAGUGCCAAGGCCUUAAGACGUGGGUACGUGCAUUACAGCGGCAAGAGUGCCAGCGCCCACCAAAGACCCAUUGGACCCGUCAGCUCCUCUGUUUCACCACGCAGACAUAAUAACUUACCAGCAAAGCAGAGUAAGCCAGGUGCCUCUGCAUGAUACCACCAGCUGAUAACACACAGGAAAAACUAACUAACUUAGACUAGAACCCUAUCUUUUCUUGAGAAGCUGGGAUUUAAAAGAGCUGUUCUGAGAUCUGUGCUACUAGUAAGUGACUGAUAACGUUACAGACUGGAUCAGUCCCUGAGUUCAGAGACUGGGUUGCAAGUGAGUGAAAAAUAGACAACGAAAUCUUGGAGAAUUGCGUGGAGGUGCCAGCCAAAUUUAAUCUUCUCCAAGUAAUGUUGGUUGGACUGAGAAAUUGCUAAACCAAACCUGUAAUAGGACUGGUUAUUUGGGUGUCUCUGUCAUUUUUGCCUCUGUUACAUUGGUUUCUGUGUUGUCUUUCUAGGCCCCAAUGUUCUCAGAUAAUUCACAUUGCCCUGACUGUGGACAGCAGUGGUUCCCUAGUCUAGAACUAGGCCAUUGGUUGUACCAAACUGAACUUGUUGAAAAUGAGUGUUACCAAGUAUUCUUAGACCGUAUUAACAGAGCUGAUUACUGCCCUGAGUGUUAUCCUGAUAAUCCUGCUAACAGAAGCCUUGUUCUUCCUUGGUCUUUCCCACUUGAGUGGGCUCCCCAAAAUCUUACCAGGUGGACCUUUGAAAAAGCUUGCCACCCAUUUCUUCUGGGUCCUCCGCUGGUCAGAAAAAGGAUACAUGACUCUAGAGUAGCUGGUUUUAACCCUGCGUUACAGUUAAUCUUGACCAGAACAGACAAAACCUUAAACAAAAAACUUGGCCAAAGCAAGUAACUUCUUAAACAGUUAAAAUCAUGGAAACUCUAGAGAGUUUUGUACCAGUAGCCCAAGGAAGAUGGAAAAAUUACUCCUUUCUGAAUCUGAUCCAAACUGUCACUACUUUGGGGAACUGCUUGAAUUGCUGGAUUGGCUUCCAGGGUCUGCGUGUUUCUGGUUCAGCAUGAAUUUAAUCAGUAUUCCAAGCCACACUGUUCAUCUAAAACCAGACUAAUCCGUGUUCCCUAUGUUUUGGAAUUAGCUUACUCUUCCUAAAAAGCUCCACAGCCUAACUAUUAACAUAUGACAAGGUAGCCGUGGAGGAGAAGCCCAUACCUUGUGCACCAUAAUGAUAUUUCUCAUGGUAACUUUUGUGGGAAAGCACCUUUGUAGCUGGGUUCUAGAUUAUUCCAGUAAAACAGCUAGACAUUUUAGUAAGAAACUACAUUGUUCUAGAUUCCACCUCAUAUAUUAAUCAGUGAUUAUAUAUAUAUAAUUUAUUCAUAUAUAACCACUUGCUCAUCAUUGGCUCUUUGGCUCAUCCUUGGUGGGGCUUUGACAUCGAUAACUGGUCACUGUCAGAGAAAUCACAUUCAAUCAGGCGGCACCUACCUAGGUUACAUAAAAACAUACAGAAGUAUGACUAUCAGCACUUACUUGGCUGGCUCUACAUAAGAAAGAGUAUCCUAUCUUUGUGGUGACUGGACUUAGAAUGUCCUCCCCUGGAAAGGGAAAAGUAUUUGUAACAAAAGGAGUUACCAAGCUUGACUCCAUAUGUAUUAUGUACAGUUUAGGGAAAGCAUUCUUAGAACUAAGAAGGUCUUACCUGACAUUGGCCUCAUUCUGGCCUUCACUUGUUCAUAAGAAUCAUGGAUCAGAGUUUGGGUUAAGAAACUUGGAAAAAGCUGUUGAAAACAUCUCAGAGGCCACUGAACAAUUUUUAAAUUCCACGUAAGAUGCUAGAUAAUCCAGUGCUUGUGUAGCAGCUCAGCAAUGGUCCCAAGGUUCUAGGUUCUUUCUGUCUUUCCCUCUGGGAUCUGUGUCUUAAUGGCAUUUUGUCCUAGUUGUUUCCUCAGCGAGUGCAGUGUGGCUUGCUGCUCCAGACAUCUUAGUCCCAAAGGUUGGAAGUAGGGAGCAGAAAGUUUUCUCCUUUCAAGUAUCUUUUAUCUGAGAAGAAAAUCUUUCUCAAACGUCCCUCACAGGUUCCUCUUACAUCCCAUUGGAAGGUACUGAUUCGCAAGGGAGCCCAGGACGCCCGGCAAAGGGGAAUGGAGUUGGCAUUGCCUGGGUGGGACACAGUGUCUCCCCUGGUAAAAUCAGAGCCUUUUCAGAAAGGAAGAAGUGAGGAAUGAAUGGCUGUUGGUGUGCAACAAAUCAUGCCUGCCACAUGUUGUGAAACCAAAUCAUUUGUUAGUCUGUAUAAAGAAUGUACCCCAGAGAUCUAUCCUGUAUCUGCCUUAUGUCUGUCAUGAUGGAAGUUCUCUCCUGUUCUAUUGCUGAAUAAACUGUGUGGACUGCUAAAAUGA